AUGGCGUGUUUCAUGCAAAUUGAAAAAUUGAAGAAGAAGCUAUACUUCGAAGGCUAUAUGUAUGUACGAGAUUCAGAAAGGAAUGAAAAAACUUAUUGGAGAUGUGAGUUUAAGAAAACUUGCAAAGGAAGAGCACAUACAAUGAUUUCUGCUAUAGACGGAGACGAGGUAUACACGAGAGGUGAGCAUUCACACCAACCAGAUGCUCGUAGAAAAGAAGUUAUAGGAGCAUCAAAUCUUCUCAGGAAAAGUGCAAGAGAAACGUUGAAUCCAACAAGCCAUAUUGUGCAGGACAUAAUGAAUUCUGUGACUCUUGAGACGGCUGCGAUUUUACCAUCAACUUCAUUGAUGAAAAGAACCGUUCUGAGAGAGAAGCAGGAACAAAUUGCCUCUUCCAACAUCGAAUGAUUUCGUUGACCCGAUGAAUACAAAACAACUUGGAGCGAUGAUAAUUUCCUAGUGCAGGAUUUUAGAGAAAAUGGCGAGAGGAUAUUGAUUUU